AUAUCGAUAGCUAGCUGACGUCGACGUGUCUUGCUAUGCUCGGCUAGCUACCGGUACCGACAAGGCCAGGCGACACAGUCAACAUCACUCUAACUGUAACUGUAACUGUAAGAUCUAGAUCUACUGUAAAAUCUGGAAAUUGAAAUCAAGUGAAAAUGGCUGCUUUCAGACAACCCAAUAAUACUAGGCCAAGUUGUGUCAGUGCUGCCAUCUUAAUAAGCCUCUUCAUAUGCCUUGCUAGUGUUCAUAUAGCAAAUGCAAAAGAAGAAGAUGAAGCUUCUACUGAAGGCUGGAUGGACUAUUGGUUUAUCAGAUUGGCGCUAAAUGUUCUUGGCUACCUGUCAGUGAUUGUUCCUGCUUGGCUGGUGAUUCGCUAUGUCAGAAGCUCUGGAUACUUGGAAAAGGGAGGUCAUGGCUGUUGGUACAAUACUGUCAAAUCAUGUGUAACUGGGUCAGACGAAAUCAAAGCAAGCUUAGAGGAAGGAGGUAGCAAGGCUACAGUGACUGAGAAACCAAAGAUGAACCGUAGUUUUGUGCUGCUGUUUUGCGUAGCUGGCCUGCAAGGGUCAUACCUUACAUGGGGAGUCCUUCAAGAACGUAUAAUGGCACAUGAAUAUGGCAAAGAUGCACAUAAUCCAGGAGAAACGUUCACCAACUCCCAAUUCCUAGUGUUCAUGAACCGCAUUCUCGCUUUCAUGGCUGCUCUGGUUUUCAUGAACUUCACUGCUCAACCUCGUCACACUGCACCCCUCUACAAGUACUCCUACUGCUCUUUGUCCAAUAUCAUGAGUAGCUGGUGCCAGUAUGAGGCUCUCAAGUUUGUCACCUUUCCCACCCAAGUCCUGGCCAAAGCUUCCAAGAUCAUUCCUGUGAUGCUGAUGGGGAAGGUCAUAUCUGGGAAAACAUACGAGUACUACGAGUACAUCACAGCUGUGAUGAUCUCUCUUGGUGUGGCACUGUUCUUGUUGUCCCAGGGAGGGGAUCACAAAGGAUCAACUGUGACAACAUUAUCAGGGGUCAUCAUCUUGGUUGGUUACAUGGCCUUUGAUAGCUUCACCUCAAAUUGGCAGGCAGACCUGUAUAAGACAUACAGUAUGUCCAGUAUUCAGAUGAUGUUUGGUGUCAACCUCUUUUCCUGCCUGUUCACCAGUUGGUCUCUUAUAGAACAGGGUGGGUUCUUUGAGGGAAUUGGCUUCAUGCUCAAGUACAAUACCUUCAUGUUUCAUGUAGGACUUCUCUCACUGUUCUCAGCCACUGGACAGCUCUUUAUCUUCUACACCAUCUCCCAGUUUGGUGCGGUCAUCUUCACCAUCAUCAUGACCACCCGUCAGGCCCUGGCUAUCCUCCUUUCAUGCAUCAUUUAUGGCCAUCCUCUCAAUUUCCAGGGCAUCAUGGGUGUCAUAGUGGUAUUCAUUGCCCUCUUCCUCAGGGUAUAUGCAAGACAGCGCAAGUCUGGGCAGAAGCCCAAACCUCCCCCUGCUCAAGAAUCAUCCCUGGCUCCGACCAAGACAUGACUAGGCAGUCAUAGAUCUAGUCGUACUCACCAUUUGUAAGCCUGUGCUGUGACUAAAGUGCUCACCUUGUGCCAUGAUCUGAUAAAAGCUCUCCUUUUUAAAGAAAUUUUCAGAAAUAUUACCCUGUAAAUGCAUGUACCAAAGAUUAGUUCUCCUCAAACACCGAAAUUAUUUAUUGAGUCACGCUUUUGGGGGAAACUGCAAUGUUAGAUCCUCCAGAAAAUGAAAUUGCAUUUAAUCCAUUUGAUUAAUUGGAAAAAAGAAAUUUAGCCUCUGAAUGCAUUUUGUGAAUAUCCAAGAGCUUCAAUCAUACCGGGUGAAUCAAGUAUGAAUUGUGUACAUAUAUUAAAUAUUAUUGUUUUGUGGUGGUUUAAAUUAUUUGUACUUGUUUUCCACAUUUGUUCUUCAAGAUUUACAGCGUGCUGUCAAGGUUUAUUUCUUUCAAAAGUGAGACAAUUAUCUAGACAUGGCUUCAAAGACAUUUGUAAAUAACUAACUGUAUAUUUGAGCAUAGGAGUAUUUCAUAUCAAGUCUCGACAUUGAAAAAUUGUCUUUCCGCUGAAUGUCUAAAUGUUAUUUUGGUAAAAUUGAGAAUGAUACACAUUUAAUGCCAAGAAUGAACUUGAAUUGUACAAAAGAAAAAAAAUGGAAUUAAUGUCUACUUUCUUAGAUUGUAAUUUGUAUUUAACUUGAUAUUAUGACAAUGGAAGUAGUCUUACUUUGCAAUAUUUCUAUGAAUUUUGGAAAUUUACAUUUUCAUUUGUAGAUUUGCAUAUCAUGGUAGCCUAGCCUACUUAUUUAGUAUUUUUUCUGAAGCGGAAGUAGAUUUAAAGGACAAGUCCACCCCAACAAAAAGUUGAUUUGAAUAGAAAGAGAAAAAUCCAACAAGCAUAACACUGAAAAUUUCAUCAAAAUCGAAUGUAAAAUAAGAAAGUUAUGAGUUAUGACAUUUUAAAGUUUUACUUAAUUUCACAAAACAGUUAUGUGCACAUCCUGGUGGGUAUGCAAAUGAGGAGACUGAUGACAUCAUCCACUCACUAUUUCUUUUGUAUUUUAUUAUAUAAAAUAGGGAAUAUCCUAUUUUUCUCCUCAUUGUCAAGUGAAACAACGAUUAAUUUCUCCCUGAACAUGUGGAAUGAGCAUCGUUAAAUACUAUAUGAUUCUGUCAAGUUGGUCCUUAUUGUCAAAUCUAUUAAAAAAUGAAAUAUUGUAUAAUUCAAACAAUAAAAAACAAAGGAAAUAGUGAGGGACAUCGACUCUCCCAUUUGAGUUGUGCAUAUCACUGUUUUGUGAAAAGUAAGCAAAACUUUAAAAUGUCAUAACUUUCUUAUUUUACAUUCGAUUUUGAUGAAAUUUUCAGCAAAUUGCUAGUUUGAUUUUUCUCUAUUUAUUCAAAUCAACAUUUUUGUGGGGUGGACUUGACCUUUAAGAGAAGCUUCCAUACCUACCUUGAAAAAUUGCAACUGAUUUUAUCGCAAGUUGCAGAUAUUUAUAUAAAUGUGGCAAAUUGGCUGAAACUGUUUGGAAUUAUCAAUGAUAUCAGCUGUGCACUAGACAAUCCAUACUUGUUACAAUGUGUGUAACCAAGGUAAAUUGCAAUUUGUGUAAAUUACAGUUGGAUGUUAAAAUAGAGAGACCUCAUCAAUGUACCUCUGUUGGACCUGUCUUACAGAUGCAGAUGUCCACUAUUGUCAUUGUUAGCCUCCCCCCCCCCCCUUAGGGGCAGUUUUACAAAGAGUUAAAGGGCAAGUCCACCCCAACAAACAUUUAAUUAGAAUAUAAAGACAUUGAAAAUUUCAUCGAAAUUGGAUGUAGAAUAAGAAAAUAUGAUUUUUUUUUAAUUGCUUAAUAAUAUAAAAAAGUCACAGUAUAUGCACAUACUGGUCAGUAUGCAAAUGAGGCCCAGGGGAAUAAUGACAUCAUCCACUAUUUCUUUUUUCUUUUUUUUUAUAUGAUAGAUGAAAUACUUUCAUUUUCUUUAUUGUCAUGUGAAAGAAAGUUUUGUUCCUCCCUGAACAUGUGGAAUUACCAUUGUUAUAACAUUUUGUGGUUCCAUCAAGAGGGUCCUAAUUGUCAAAUCUGUAAAAGUUUAAAUAUUGUAUAAUUCAAACAAUUAAAAAAAACAUAAUGAGUUGUGCAUAAACUGUUUCAUGAGAAAUAAUUAAAAAUUUAAAAUGUCAUAGCUGGGCGAUUCCAUAAAAUAAUCCACAUUUUGGUACGUCUUACCUCCAUUUUUCUCAAGUUUUACUUCACUUCAUAAAGUGACCAAGUCAUGGUCCUUUGAGAACAUUACAGGCUGUCAAAAGAACAAGAAAUCAGAGACAGAAAAGUUCAUGAAGGUCCCACACAUAGGGGUCAGACGUACAUAUUUAAUGGAAUUGCCCAGCAUUUUUAUUUUACAUCCAAUUUUGAUGAAAUUUCCAGCAAUGUGCUUGUGUGAUUUUUUCCUGUAUUAAAAUCAACGUUUUUCUUAGGUGGACUUGACAUCUGAUAAUUUAAAGGGUGAUUAAAAGUCAUCCAUCAGUGUCAUUGAAUGGUAUGAACUUCAAUGGAAAUGACGCUCAGCAACUAACAGAAAGAAAUAGAGGAUUUAAUAUCAGUUACCAUUAGAUGGAAGAAUUAACACAACUAUCAAAGAAAGAGUUGCAAUUAAAAACAAGUUGAUCUUCAACCAAUCAGGAGAAUGCAUUUUUUACAUAAAGUUUAAUGAAACUCUUUCUGCAUCAGGGCCCAGGUCUCCACAGUGACUCUUUUGAUAAUAUUAAGAGUUUGUUUUCAAGAGGCUGACGGGUUUGAGGGUAGGAAUGUGAGUGUUGGUGCCAAGAUGGGGACCCACAUGAAAAGAACUUGCGUCUUUCCCAUUAUGGUAACACAUUGCUACAAUUUCACUGUUAUAGAAGAAACAUUUAGAUUUGAUAAAUGCUAUGUAUUUUAUACUGAAUUUAUGUACUCAAUAUAGUUAAUUUGAGUUUUUUCUACAUUUUAGAAAUGUAUAUUAGGUAAGAAAAUAUGAUUUAUUUUCAUUUGAAUUUGCAGAGUGACUAUUUUUAGCAAUUGCCUCUUAUGCUUUUGAUAAAAAAAAUGGAAAAUAAAUCAUGAAAUCAUGGCAGGAGAUAUUUGAACCAUGUAACGUACUCUUUUAAAAUCAUUAUCUCCUAUUCUGUUGAUCUAAGCAAGAAUCAACCUAGAAUAUUAAAAUAGAAAGUCAAAAGGGGCCUAAGCUUUCGAUCCUAGCAGAAUCUUCGUAUUAAGUUGUGAGGAAAACCCAAGUUUGAAACAAAUUAUUAUGAAGGUUGAUUACAAAAAUUCAGUCACAAAAAAACAGGUCUUUACAACAUAUACUUGAUUAUACUAGUGUGCUUGGCAGUAGUGUUUUUAGACAAGACAUUGACAUCUGUAGCAUGUCUGUAAAUUAAAACAUUUACUUUGAUAUAUUGGAAUUCCAAUUCUUGUAUUCAAGUUUUUAUCUCCCUGAUGAUCAUUUGCAAGAAUGUUAUCCUGAAGAUGUUUAAUAUAAAUAUUUUUUGACAAUCAAAUCUACCAUUUUGUAUCCAAAGAAGCUUUUCAAGAAGGAAUCUGUUCUAUUUUUGCUUACAAGCUACUCAAAAUCUUUACAAGCAUUUGGCCAAGAACAAAUUGGUCAAUGAAAAUCACUGGCAAAAUGUUUCAUGAAAAGCACACUUGACCCGCCAUUUCCCGUAUUUCUAAUUUUUCUGGAUUAACAUUUAUUCACUGACAUGGCCUAUUUAUAAUUUUGUUAACAUUUGAUGUGAGACUUGUGUAUUUUUAUUUUCAUAAACAGUAGUUGGGGCUUAUAUGUGUGUGUAUUGUCUUGAACUAGGCACCUUGACACUUUCACAUACAUUCAGUAUUAGUGUGGUAACAAUAUCUUCUGCUAGAUGUAUUUCAUGUAGAUAUGAGCUGCCUUUUGAGUACAAAUCUGAGAAUAUAUUUAUUCUUUAGGAUUCAUUCAAGUAUAUGUAUUUUCACUUAGAACAGAUUAAGAAAGUGUUUUGUUUCCUUUCUUGGAGGUGUAUCAAUAUAUUCAAAGAAUAAAUAAAUAUAUACAAAUGUAA